AUGGAUUGGCAACCUCAGGAUGAGCCAUUGAGGCAGCUGGCUUGCUGCCUUAGAGACUCCCUCAAUGGCCAGAACGCCGCGCUCCGGAAACAAGCCGAAGUGAUGCUUGCUUCCGCAACUACAUCCCCGGAUUAUGUCAAUUACAUCACCUACAUUUUCUCGACGCCGCAGGCCCCUCCGGCUGUUGGCAUGGACGAUGCUACCUAUAGUCUUGUUCGCUUUUCUGCCGCUCUGAACAUCAAGACGAAGCUUUUCAUGGGAUAUCACACAAUCAGUCAGCAAAGCCUACACUUUAUCCGAUCCGCCGCUCUGCUCGCUCUAAGAGACACCAACCCACAAGUCCAGGGAGGUGCCGGCACUAUUAUUACGGAGUUGGUACAGAGGGGUGGCCUGCUCUCUUGGCCGGAGGUGCUGCAGGAGCUUCUGGCCUUGGUUGGUAAUACUUCGGGGGAUGUGUCGAUCCCAGCCCAGGAGUCUGCAAUGGCUGCGCUGCACAAGGUGUGCGAGGAUAACCGCAAGAUCCUGGACCGCGACUACCAAGGUCAACGUCCGCUCAAUGUGAUAAUUCCCAAGCUGUUGGAGUUUACUACCCGGGAGAGCGCGCGGAUCCGCUCCCUCGCCCUGCGAAGUAUCCACAUCUUCCUCCCCCAUCGACCUCAGGCCCUAAUGGGCUCGUUGGAUCUUUUCCUGUCCCAACUCUUCACCCUGGCGGGCGAUCAAGACACCGAGGUGCGGAGAAUGGUCUGCAACUCAUUUUCCCAGCUUGUAGAGUUCGCCCCCGAGAAGCUCAUCCCUCACUUGGAGGGUCUGGUCAGCUAUAUCCUCAUCCAGCAGCAGAACGGAGAGGACCCCGAGCUUGCUCUGGAUGCAGCGGAAUUCUGGAUCGUCUCUGGCGAGCAAGAGCGUCUGCAGGGGCCGUUGGCUCAGUUCAUGCCCAAGGUUAUCCCGGUUCUGCUUCAGAAUAUGAUUUAUGAGGAGGACGAUGUGAUCCGCCUGAUGGGCGAUGACGACGAUGAUGCCGACACAGAGGACCGCGCCGAAGAUCUUAAGCCCCAGUUUGCCAGGACGAAGGCCGGUCGUAUUGAUAUGUCUAAACAGACCGACGGCGCGAAUGAUGCGUCAAACCAGCAAACCCAGGAAGAAGAUGAGGAUGAGCUCAGCGAGGGUGAGAUUGAAGACUCGGAGUAUGGAGAUGACCCCGAGGACGAAUGGUCUCUGCGGAAGUGCUCCGCAGCUGCACUAGAUGUCUUUUCGAACGUCUACCAUGACCCAAUUUUUGAGAUCAUUUUGCCAUACCUGAAGGAGACCCUACGACACGAGCAGUGGCCCAACCGUGAAGCCGCUGUGCUUACUCUGGGAGCUGUCGCUGAUGGUUGCAUGGACGCUGUUGUGCCCCAUCUUCCCGAACUCGUUCCCUACCUCAUUUCUCUGCUGAACGACCCACAGCCCGUUGUGCGGCAAAUCACCUGUUGGUGUCUGGGCCGGUACUCGGAAUGGGCUUCGCAUCUCCCUCAAGGAGCAGAGAAGCAGCAGUUCUUCGAGCCAAUGAUGGAGGGAAUUCUCCACCGUAUGCUCGACAACAACAAGAAGGUGCAAGAAGCCGCUGCAUCUGCGUUUGCCAGCUUGGAGGAAAAGUCAGAUGAGAACUUGGUUCCUUAUUGUGAUCCUAUUCUCCGGCAAUUUGUCCAAUGCUUUAGAAAGUAUAAGGACCGAAACAUGUACAUUCUCUACGACUGCGUGCAAACCCUGGCCGAGUGUGUUGGAACAGAGUUGGCCAAGCCCCAUCUCGUUGAAAUCCUGAUGCCCGCUCUGAUUGAACGAUACAACCAAGUCACCGACGAGUCCCGAGAGCUGUUCCCGCUGCUUGAAUGUCUAGGAUACAUCGCCGCGUCCUACGAGGAUGCCUUUUCGCCAUUCGCCCCUGCCAUCUUCCAACGCUGUAUAAAGAUCAUCUACCAGAACCUUCAGGAAUCACUCGCUUCAGUAAACAACCAAACCAUUGAUGAGACUGACAAGGAUUUCUUGGUGACCUGCCUUGACCUUCUCAGCUGCGUCAUCCAAGCCAUUGACCCGCAAAAAAGUGGCGAGCUGGUGGCCGCCUCCCAGCCUCGUUUCUUCGACCUACUUUGCUACUGCAUGCAGGACUCUAAUUAUGAAGUCCGCCAGUCUUCCUACGCCCUCCUGGGUGACUGCGCCAUUAGUAUCUUCCAGCACCUGGAGCCAUUCGUCCCUACCAUGAUGCCCAUUCUCAUUAAACAACUUGACCUGGAUCUUAUGCCUGACGAUGAUCGCGUGACUGGCUUCAGCGUUCUCAACAAUGCCUGCUGGUCAUGUGGAGAGAUCGCCGUGAAACAGAAGAGGAGCGACCUUGCCCCGCACGCCGACAAGCUGUACUUCGGCCUUAUGGGCAUCAUGAAUAAUGAAGAGAUUAUCGACUCAGUCAAUGAGAAUGCAGCCAUGGCGCUGGGUCGUCUUGGUCUUUGCUGUCCCGACCCCCUGGCAGCCCGACUGAGCGAAUAUGCCGGUCCCUUUUUAACAUCGAUGAGCAAGAUUGACUUCAGCCGCGAGAAGGCCUCCGCAUUCCUUGGUUUCAACCAAGUGGUGAUGAAGAACCCCCAAGCCAUGGAAUCGUGUCUCGGAGCCUACUUUGGGGCCAUUGCUAGCUGCGCGAGCAAGUCGGUCUCAUCACAGGAGGACUACCGGGAUAUUCACACCUCGUUCCAGCAGGUCUUGCAAGGAUAUAAAAACAUGAUACCCCACUUUGAUUCGUUCCUCUCAGAGCUCCCCGGCACUGUGGCUCAAAAGCUACGCACGCACUACCAGGUUUAA